GCAGGUUAGCGGGCUGGCAGCGGCUCCACCCGGGCCCCAGGAGAGAGGAGGAGCAGAGGCCACCUCUGCUGCAUUUUCCAGAGGCGCAGACGGUGCUCAGGCGCUCGAGGCUGCUGGAGGAGCUCGCGGUGGCGCCCCCUCCCCCGGCUCUGGCUGACUUCAGGGUUGGCGCAGGUGGGCAGAGCAGGGCGCCGCAGAUCUCGCAGUUCCCACCGUGGGGUUUCUCUCCCUUUCCGCGAGGGGGAGGGGCUACCCUGAAAAAAGGUAAAUAUCCUAGUGCUGACUUCAGCCUGGGGCUCCGGCCAAGGUCCCUGUGCGCCACCGCAGCAGGGCGUUUCACGUGAAAAUGAGAAGCCUGACGGGAUCCGUGCUCUAACUUAAGGCAGCUUGGUGAUUAGCGGGAGACUGGGCAGCGGCCCUGCUUCCUGCCCUUCAAUAGCCACUCUGCGCGCUAGAGACCCCGCCGUGGUGCGCCGUGCGGGUGUAGACCGUCAAGCUCCGCAUCCUUGGCAGCCAUGGCUCCCGUCACCGCCUGGGCCAGUAAGUAGGAGCAUGCAUGUGUAGGGGGCACAUGUGUGUCGGGGCACACGCGCGCGCGCGCGCACACACACGCGCGCAGGCACGCACACCACCCUGAGCCUGGGAAGGAGCAAGAUUGACGAGACGCUGCAGCCGUGAGGACGACUCCUGCUCUUCUUGGAUCCGGCAGAGCCCACCCUCCGCAGCUGCUGUCCGUAGAGCCUGCUCGGAUCCUUAUGCACGCACGCCCCCCAUUCCAGCCUCUGUAAUGAAGACUGCCUCCCAAGAACUGCAGGGGAGGCAGAGCCCGCCUGCACCUGGGACUGCGGGCCGCGCGGCUGGUAGGCCCAGGGGGACACGACUUGGACACUGUCAUCUCCACGCCUCGCGCUGAGCCGCCCCUCUGGCUUCCCGGGCGCCCGAUCCCGGGUCAGCCCCGGAGGCCUCGGCUUCCUCAUUUGUUUGGGUCUUUUGUGCCGGGGCUCACAGUUGGCUAAGCACUCCUGCGCUGAAUCGGGCCAUUGUCUGCGCUCCCAUUGCUUUCACGCUGCAAGUCUCAGCGCCCCCACCCCUCCCGCCCCCUCCCCGCCUCCUCCUGGCCCGAGAGCCUCCUAACGUGCCUUUCCCCCCAGGAAUCUGGAAGCUAUAAGCCGGGCGGAUUGCAAAUGAAGUGUAAUGCAUUGUGGGACGUGUGUAAAAUCGGAGCCUUCACCGUGGGAGGGUGUGGGGGCGUGGGGAGGGUCGGCCCCGCCGCUGGCGGUGUAGACGCCGACGAGGAGGGGCUGGGAAAAUGCGCGCAGAGUGCGCCCGGGUCGUGCCCGCGGUAGACGGAUGAAGCCGCACGCUGCGCCUCGGCACUGAGGCCCCAGGAUCGGGGCAGCAGGUCGCCCUCCCCACCAUGAAGAAGACCCGGAGCACAACCUUGCGGCGAGCCUGGCCUAGCUCGGAUUUCUCGGACCGGGCCUCGGACCGCAUGAGGUCCCGCAGCGAGAAGGACUACCGCCUGCACAAGCGCUUCCCCGCGGCCUUCGUGCCCCAGGCUUCGCGGGGCUACAUGACAUCAGGUGAUGUAUCACCAAUCAGUAUGUCUCCCAUCAGUCAAUCUCAGUUUAUUCCACUCGGGGAAAUCCUUUGCUUGGCCAUCUCAGCAAUGAACUCGGCACGAAAACCUGUCACCCAAGAAGCACUGAUGGAGCACCUGACCACGUGCUUCCCAGGUGUCCCCACCCCAAGCCAAGAGAUUCUGCGGCACACCUUGAACACGCUGGUGCGGGAGAGGAAAAUCUACCCAACUCCAGAUGGCUAUUUCAUCGUGACCCCGCAGACUUAUUUCAUAACUCCUUCCCUCAUAAGAACUAACAGUAAAUGGUACCAUUUGGACGAGAGGAUACCUGACCGGUCUCAGUGUACCUCUCCACAGCCCGGAACCAUCACGCCCUCUGCCUCAGGCUGCGUCAGGGAAAGGACCUUGCCCAGAAACCACUGCGACUCUUGUCACUGCUGCAGGGAGGACGUGCACAGCGUGCACGCGUCAACCCUGCAGAGGAAACCUGCCAAGGACUGCAAAGACCCACACUGCCCUCCUUCACUCUGCCAGGUGCCGCCCACUGAGAAGAGCAAAAGUACCGUCAAUUUUUCUUACAAGACGGAAACCCUCUCCAAACCGAAAGACAGUGAGAAACAGUCCAAAAAAUUUGGGCUCAAGUUAUUCCGGCUCAGUUUUAAAAAAGAUAAGACCAAACAGCUAGCCAAUUUCUCCGCCCAGUUUCCCCCCGAAGAGUGGCCCCUGCGGGACGAGGACACGCCGACGACUAUCCCCCGGGAAGUGGAGAUGGAGAUCAUCCGGCGCAUCAACCCCGACCUGACGGUGGAAAAUGUCAUGAGGCACACUGCACUGAUGAAGAAACUUGAAGAAGAAAAGGCGCACAGGAGUAAGGCUGGGUCCUCCGCCCAUCACAGCGGGAGAAGUAAAAAGAGCAGGACUCAUCGCAAGUCCCACGGGAAGUCUCGGUCGCACAGCAAGACUCGAGUCUCCAAGGGAGACCCAUCGGAUGGCUCUCAUCUGGAUCUCCCAGGUGACCGGGAGUACGACUUCUGUGACCCUCUUACCAGGGCCCCUCGGGAGGGCUGCUUCAUCAUCGAGCACAAAGGGGAGAACUUCAUUAUGCACAGCAACACGAAUGUGCUUGAGCCCCAUUUCCCCAUGACGCCCGAGUGGGAUGUGUCGGGGGAACUGGCCAAAAGGAGAACUGAGAUGCCUUUUCCUGAACCUUCCAGGGGGAGCUCCCACUCAAAAGUGCACCGAAGCCACAGCCAUACCCAGGACCGACGGUCCAGGAACGAGAGGUCCAACAAGGCCAAGGAGAGGUCCAGGUCCAUGGACAACUCCAAAGGCCUUCUGGGUGCUUCCUCUCUGGGGACGCCUGAUGACCUGGUGGAAGGCUGCAGCCAGGAUGACCAAACCCCCAUCCAGUCCUACAUCGACGACAGUACUCUGAGGCCCACGCAGCCUGCCGGUCAUCAAAGGGCUCACCUUUUGUCCACAAGCUAUAAAGAGGUGUGUAUUCCAGAAAUGGUCAGCGGCAGCAAGGAGCCUUCCAGCGCUUGUAGCCUCUUGACGCCAGGCAAAGCCCCGGAGAGUCUGCCGCCCUAUGGGGAACUCGGCUCUUGUCCAGCAAAGGCAGCGGCCGAUGACUACUUCCAGUGCAACACCUCCAGCGAGACGGUGCUCACGGCGCCGUCGCCUCUGGGGAAGAAUAAAGAGGACCAUGACACUCUGACCCUGGCCGAAGGGGUGAAAAAGCUGCCUCUGUCUGAUAGGCAGGCCCCGCAUUCCUCCAGGGAGCCUGGAGGGCACAAGGAGGAGUCGCCCAAAGGGUCAGGGGGGAACCCCGCUGCUUCGGGCUCAGCGGCUGAAGGGAUGGCCAAUGGACGCCUCACUCAGCAUCACGGCGCGGAGCCCGGCAGCCUGGACAAGAGGAAAGAGAUAUUCAGCAAAGACACACUGUUCAAACCUCUUCACAGCACCUUGUCUGUAAACAGCUACCACAAAUCCAGCCUGUCCCUCCUCAAAUCUCACCCGAAGUCACCUGCAGACACACUGCCAGGUCGAUGCGAGAAACUGGAGCCCUCCCUGGGGACCUCGGCGGCACAAGGGAUGCCGGCCCUCCAGCGCCAGCAGGAGGCCGGCGGCAACCAGGAAGCCUCUUUUGACUAUUACAACGUCUCCGAUGACGACGACUCUGAGGAAGGGGCAAACAAAAACACCGAGGAGGAGAAGAACAGAGAUGAUGUCGGCACCAUGCAGUGGCUCCUGGAGAGGGAGAAGGAAAGAGACUUGCAGAGGAAAUUUGAGAAGAACCUCACCCUCCUUGCCCCAAAAGAAACUGAGAGCAGCAGCCACCAGAGAACCACCCACUCGGCCCGCCUGGACAGCAUGGACAGCAGCAGCAUCACUGUGGACAGUGGAUUCAACUCUCCACGCACUCGGGAGAGCCUGGCUUCCAACACGUCAAGCAUUGUUGAAAGUAACCGUCGUCAGAACCCUGCCUUGAGCCCGGCCCACGGUGGAGCUGGCCCGGCCUUCAACUUCCGAGCGAGUACGGACCCCCCAACCAAUGAAGCUGAAAAAUUACAGAAACCUUCCAACUGCUUGCAAGCUUCUGUGACUAGUGUGUGAUAGUCGUUCUGCCUCAGAUCUCCUGUCUCGUUCGAUACAGCCAAGUUUACGACACUGGGACUGAUGUUUACAUCUUUGGAAAGACAAGCAUCUCAACCACAGUUUUUGUGUUUACUUAAACUGUGCUGCUAAGUAGGCUAGAGCAAAACACAAAAGUCUUUCUUUCAGAGUAUUGCUUUUCACAUUUAUGGCUCUGUAGCAACAGAAUAGCAGUAGGGGUGAUAUGUACACUUUUGCUUCACUAACUGUAACUGAGCACACAUAGGAAAGUCUAGACACUGUAAGUGUAAUAUGCAUUUUCAAUGUCAUACAGUUGCCAAUUCCACUUUAAAUGCCACAGGUGUGUGUUGCUCCCAGUCUGUGGGCAGAUGGUGCCACAGAACUGAUUCUUGACACUUCCCAAAAAAACAAAAAACAAAAACAAAAC